UCAAGGCGCUUGGCUGAGCUGGGCUGGGCUGCAGCAGGGAACAGUACACCGCACCUCACGCCGUCGACCUGGAGUCUGGCGAUGCAGGCAGCAGGCAGUAGGCAGUAGGCAGCAGGCAGUAGGCAGCAGACAGCAGACAGUAAGCAGCAGACAGCAGACAGCAGACAGCAGACAGUAGGCAGCAGACAGCCGACACGAACAAAAAGCCCACACUCGCUGGUCGUCUUACUCGGAUACCCCGUCGUGCACCGCGGCCUCGCACGCGUGACCAUGGAUUCUAGAUGCGUAGAGUAGAGUAGCUAUCGUACAUUUAUGCCCACGCUCUCCCGCUCUCCAAAGUCACGGGCAUGUGCAUCCACGCAUGCAUCCACGCAUACAUCCACACAUACAUCCACACAUACAUCCACUUGCCCUGUCAUGCCGUGCUUGCGCGUCCACCAAUGCCUCGCAUGCUCGGCCCAGUCUGGUCCAGUCGAGCAAAUCCGGGCCCUCCUCCGCCACCGCCAUGGCACCUCCAGCGCGACGCACCAGACCCCGCAACGUACGCGUGCGCGUGCACAGAGCAGAGCCCUCGGUGCGGACAGAGCAGAGCCCUCGGUGUGGACAGACCAGAGCCCUCGGUGCGGACGGCUAGACGACGUCGUAGUCUGGUGCACGAGUCCGGCACUGGCUCGAACGCAGAUGCUUCCGUGGCCGCGCGCUGCAAGUCACCGCGUGCAUGACGCGCCGCCCCUGCCGCCGCCGCUGCACGACUUCCGCCGCCUCCUCCUCCGGGCCAAUGGAGCGCGUCGCGGGCGCGCUUAUUGAACGCCCGCAGCCACCGUCGGUGCUUGGAGGCGAAGACAAGACGUGGACCUCAGUAGGUCAUUACUUGGUAAACCUUUGUAAACCUUUGUAAACCUUUGUAAACCUUUGUAAACCUUUGUAAACCUUUGUAAAUCUUUGU